GCUAAGAGCGGCUAGCAGAAGAUAAACAGAAAGCCUGUUCAACAUGGCAGAGACUCACAGCUUGCAGGAUAUGAGGCAACAGGCAGCCGUAGCCGCCAAAGUCUUCAUCCAGAGAGAUUAUACUAACGGCACUGUGUGUCAGUUCCAAACCAAGUUCCCUUCUGACCUGGAGACCCGGAUUGACAAAACGCAGUUUGAGGAGACGGUUCGGACACUGAAUAACCUGUACGCUGAGGCGGAGAAGCUGGGGAGUCAGUCAUACAUUGAAGGCUGUCUGGCCUGCCUCACAGCGUACACCGUCUUCCUGUGUAUGGAGACUCACUAUGAGAAGGUCUUGAAGAAGAUUGCCAAGUAUGUCCAGGAGCAGAAUGACAAGAUCUACGCACCGAGAGGCCUCCUGCUCACCGACCCCAUCGAGAGAGGCCUGCGAGUUAUUGAGGUCACCAUCUUUGAAGACAGAAGCCUGACCAGAUAAAAGCUGCCAUGGGAGCUGCUCAGCUAAGCGGAGCUUCAGGGGGUCUUCAAGCAGCCCAGCACCAGUGCCCGACUCCCUAAGGACCACCCAGACCUGCACCCUUAAUACUGCGUCUCUACAAUCUUAUCGCUUUCCACUAUCAAAACGCACGACCCCCCCCCCCCCCUCCCCCCAACACACUUUCAGAGUAACUCUUUUGACUUAGAUCUCCUUCCCCAACAUUCAAAUCUGAUUUUUAUCAGUGAUUCUGACAUCGCUGCUCAUCAGUUGAGCGUUGAGUCUGUUUUUAGUUUAGCAGUGAAUUUGCAGAGACUCCUCAAUGUUGAAAUGUUCUGUUAGUCAUUUAGAGAGGCUGGAGUCAUAGCGCUCCUUCAGCUCAGAGAAAAGAAGAGAAAACUUAACUCGGUCGCACAAACGAUUGACAUUCACAAAUCUCUUCAAGCCACGAGUAAAUGACUCUUUGUUUAUCUUGGACUCGAAAAGCUUUUAUGACUAAUCGUAUUUGUGGAAUUAUGAACUUUUGUAUAUUUCUUUCUCUUGUUUCUCGGCACACUCCUUUUUUUCUUUUCUUUUUUGAAUAAUGAAGUCAACACACAAGGUAUCUUAUUUUUUAUGAAUGGCUAUAAAACUCACCCACAACCAAAUGAUUGUCUUGGAUGAACUGAGAGUCUAAUUUCAUCCAGAAACAAGAGAGAACUCUGAUUAUUAGCCUGAUUAACCGCAUGUGUUGUCUUAUUGAUGUUUCUUUUUUGCAAGUAUGCUUUGUAGUUUAUCACUUUUUCCUCCCGCAUGUUUCCUUUCUAGGGUUUGACCUUAUUAUUAACUGACACUGAACUUUGUCAGACUCUAAACAUUCCAGUCAAACCGUCACAGAUUCGAAUCUUAAACUACAUAUUUUACUUCGUAUGCAUUGAUUUAAGAUUAUCUUCCUUCUUGAAAACCCAAAUCUUGUGCUUGCUCUGUAUCGUGCAUGUGAUAUCGUUAAUGCUGUUCCUCAAGUCAUGGUUAUGGUUCCUUUUAUUUGUAUACUGUGCUAUGCAUAGUGUUUUGUGACUACUGUUGGUUUUUGACUCAUGUCUAACAUGCAUAUAUAUCGUGUGAAUGCCUUUGACCGAAGUAUUAAAAAGUGCUCUUGUUAGUUGCCAGGGCCUGUAAUGGCUUUGAAUGUUGCCUUUCUGUAAGUCUAACAGUGAGAUUAUGUCAAUCAGAUCUUGGCUUUUGUUCACUUAUUGCUAACAAGCUACUAAAAACCCAAGACAACGAUUCUGGACUGAGUGUAACUGUAGCAGCAGAGCUUCAGUUUAUGUUAUUGAACCUUAACAAAAGGUUGAAGAUACUGUAUAUGUGUGGCUGAUAAUGUUUAACCGUCUCAGACAUCUUGUGAAUGUGCUCUGACACAAAUUCAUUUGAAGCAUCUGUAAUAUGACACUAGAAAUAUGUACAAUUUUCUUUUUGGAAUGCUAUAGCAACAAGAUCGACACCAGUCUUGAUUUU